CCGCUGCUGCUGGAGCUGUGGGGGCUCACCGGGAACGUGACGCGCCUGCGCAUCCAGGAGCUGGCCCCGCUGCGGCCCCGCUACCACGUGCCCGACGUGCUGCUGGGGGAGCCGCCUGCCGAGAGGCUGGAGGUGACAGGCCGUGACGAGGGGACCCUGGAGCUGUCCCUGGGCCCCGGGGGCCACCGGCUGCUGGUGACGGAGCGGCCGUUCCGCCUGGACCUGCUGCGGCAGCGGGAGCUGCUCUGCAGCGUCAACGCCCGCGGCCUCCUCGUCUUCGAGCACCAGCGGCGCCGCCGGGACUCUCUGGCGGAUAAAGUUAGUUCUGUGUGGGAUAGGAUCAAGAGCCUUUUCCGUAGGGACCCCCCCAAGGACCCCCCGGGCGAGGAGGGGGCGGCGCAGGAGGGGCCCGAGGACGGCACUGGCAGCACCCAGAGCGACAAGCCCACGGAGCCACCGGCAGAGCCCGAGGAGGAGCCGGGGGCGUGGGAGGAGACGUUCAAGACGCACACGGACAGCAAACCCUAUGGACCCACCUCGGUGGGGUUGGAUUUCUCCCUGCCCGGAUUCGAGCACGUGUACGGCAUCCCCGAGCACGCCGAGAGCCUGCGGCUGCGCCCCACCGAGGGGGGUGACCCGUACCGCCUGUACAACCUGGACGUGUUCCAGUACGAGGUGUUCACGCCCAUGGCUCUGUACGGCUCGGUGCCGCUGCUGCUCGCCCACCGGCCCCGCCUCAGCCUCGGCAUCUUCUGGCUCAACGCCGCCGAGACCUGGGUGGACAUCGGCUCCAACACGGCCGGGAAGACCCUUUUUGGGAAGCUCCUGGAUUACAUGCAGGGGGGAGGUGAGACCCCCCAGACCGAGGUGCGCUGGAUGUCCGAGAGCGGCGUCAUCGACGUCUUCCUGCUGCUGGGGCCGCGGCCCGCCGACGUCACUGCCCAGUACGGGAGACUGACCGGCACACAGGCGCUGCCCCCGCUCUUCUCCCUGGGCUACCACCAGAGCCGCUGGAAUUACCAGGACGAGGCGGACGUGGAGGCCGUGGAGAGGGGAUUCGAGGAGCACGAGCUGCCCCUGGACGUGCUCUGGCUGGACAUCGAGCACGCCGACGGCAAGCGCUACUUCACCUGGGACCCUGCCAAAUUCCCCAACCCUCGGGGCAUGCUGGAGCGCCUGGCGGCCCGGAAACGCAGGAUGGUCAGCAUCGUGGACCCGCACAUCAAGGUGGACGGGGGGUACCGGGUGCACACGGAGCUGCGGGCGCGAGGCCUCUUCGUCAAAACCAAGGACGGCAACGACUACGAGGGCUGGUGCUGGCCCGGCUCUUCGGCGUACCCCGACUUCACGAACCCCGAGAUGCGCGAGUGGUGGGCGAACAUGUUUGCCUUCGACCACUAUGAGGGCUCCACGGAGGCGCUGUACACGUGGAAUGACAUGAACGAGCCGUCGGUGUUCAGCGGCCCCGAGGUGACGAUGCACAAGGACGCGCGGCACUUUGGGGGCUGGGAGCACCGUGAGCUGCACAACAUCUACGGGCUCUACGUGCACAAGGCCACGGCCGAGGGGCUGAUCCGGCGCUCGGGGGGGCGGCUCCGGCCAUUCGUGCUCAGCCGCGCCUUCUUCGCCGGCUCCCAGCGCUACGGUGCGGUUUGGACCGGGGACAACACGGCCGACUGGGAGCACCUGCGGAUCUCCAUCCCCAUGUGCCUGAGCUUCGGGCUGGCUGGGCUGGCCUUCUGCGGGGCGGACGUGGGCGGCUUCUUCCAGAACCCGGGCCCGGAGCUGCAGGUGCGCUGGUACCAGGCCGGGGCGUUCCAGCCCUUCUUCCGCGCCCACGCCCACCUGGACACGGCGCGGCGCGAGCCGUGGCUGCUGAGCCCCGAGCACCUGGCGCUGGUCAGGGCCGCACUGCGGCGCCGCUACGCCCUGCUCCCGACGUGGUACACGGCCUUCUACCACUGCCACCGCCAGGGCAUCCCCGUCAUGAGGCCCCUGUGGAUGGAAUUCCCGGAUGACCCCCACACCUUCGCCAUGGAUGACCAGUACAUGAUCGACCGGGUGCUCCUGGUGCACCCCGUGACAGAGUCGGGCGCCCGCGGGGUCAACGUGUACCUGCCUGGGGAAGGAGAGGUCUGGUACAAUGAAGAGACCCACGAGCAGCACCGGGCGCCCCAGACCCUCUAUGUGCCCGUCACCCUCAGCACCAUCCCAGUGUUCCAGCGAGGGGGGACGGUGAUCCCACGCCAGGACCGGCCUCGCCGCUCCACUGAGGCCAUGAAGGGCGACCCCUUCACCCUCUAUGUGGCCCUGAGCCCCCAGGGCACGGCGCAAGGGGAUCUGUAUGUGGAUGAUGGAAUCAGCUUCGACUACGCCACCAAAAAUGCAUUCCUGCACCGGCACUUCCACUUUGCCAAUGGCACUCUCACCUCCAGCUCUGCUGACCCCCACGGGUCCAUGUCCAGCCCAGCCUGGCUGGAGCGAGUGGUCAUCCUGGGGGUGGGGCGGCCGGAGAGUGCCCUGCUGACCACCCAAGACGGUUCCCAGAGCUCGCUGCAUUUCCAGCACGACCCCGAGCGCUCGGUGCUGACCCUGCGGCGCCCUGGGGUCCCCAUUGGGGCCGACUGGAGCAUCUCCCUGCGAUAAUGGACGGGGGGGGGGGCCCCCGGACCA